CUAAUCUAACACCACUAGAUGAGACGGAUAGCACCAAUCUCCAGCUGCCUAACACCACUAGUCGAACCGAGAGGGUGAGCGAAGAUCGAGCCUUCAACCCCAACCACCGCAACGAGAGCUGCCACAGCCAUCGGAGUCCUUUCCCCUCGACGACGCACGCCCCAUCCAACCCCACCACAGCAUGCCGACGACCAGGAAUCGGAGCCCCACCAGAGAGGCACAGCCCCGCCGUAAACGGCCUAAUCCAUCCAGAACAGUCAAGGGCGAAAGCAAGGGACUUACCCCCUCCAGACGGGACAUCGACUGCGUCAGAAGAUAGAGAUCCCGACUCAGGUCCAUCGCCGACCGGGAGAGGCGCUGCCGCCGGGGAAAGCCCCAACCGCU